CGUUUCCGGUCGGAGGCCUUUGCGGAGAGCCCCGCUUCCCUAGGGGGCGGUGGCGGCCGUGGAGGCGGCGGAGGCAGCGGGGGGAUCCGGAAGUCAACACCAUGUCGAGUCUGCACAAGAGCAGGAUUGCAGAUUUCCACGAUGUCCUGAAGGAGCCCACCAUCGCCUUGGAAAAGCUUCGGGAACUCAGUUUUAGUGGCAUCCCCUGUGAGGGCGGACUGCGGUGCCUCUGCUGGAAGAUUCUCUUGAACUACCUCCCCUUGGAAAGAGCCUCAUGGACCUCCAUCCUGGCCAAGCAGAGGGAGCUAUAUUCUCAGUUCCUGAGGGAAAUGAUUAUCCAGCCUGGCAUUGCCAAGGCCAACAUGGGUGUGUCCAGGGAGGAUGUAACCUUUGAGGACCAUCCGCUCAACCCCAACCCUGACAGCCGGUGGAACACGUACUUCAAGGACAACGAGGUGCUGCUGCAGAUCGACAAAGACGUCCGGAGGUUGUGCCCAGACAUAUCUUUCUUCCAGAGAGCCACCGAGUACCCCUGCCUCCUUAUCCUGGACCCCCAGAAUGAGUUUGAGACCCUUCGGAAGCGGGUGGAACAGACAACACUGAAAUCCCAGACAGUGGCCCGGAACCGGAGUGGGGUCACAAAUGUGAGAGCCAACCUGGGGGCCCCAGGGACUCCCCGCGACAGCCUUUUCCUCCAUGCUUCCCGUGGAGCCCUGGCCACUGGCCGUGUCAAAAGCUGGGUGUAA